AUGUCACGAGAGACAUUUGAUGUACCGAAAAUAGGUACCAACAAGUUUUUAAAAGUCACACCUAACUUAUUUACCCCAGAACGAUUAAACCUGUUUGAUGAUGUCGAGCUUUAUCUCACGUUGAUAAAGGCGUCCAAAUGUGUCGAACAGGGAGAGAGGUUGCACAAUAUAAGUUGGAGAAUCUUGAAUAAAGCUGUUUUAAAGGAGCAUAAUAUUAAUCGAUCUAAAAAAAGAGAUGGUGUGAAAAACAUCUACUACGUGUUGAAUCCAAAUAAUAAGCAACCAAUAAAGCCAAAACAGACUUUAGUGAACCAACCAUCAUUGCAAAAGACCAAUGUACCUCCUACAACAGCGAAGCAGAACGUUCUGACUAGGCCCAUGACAUCACCAGCUAUUGCCCAGGGCGCACAUGAUAGAUCUGUAGAUGUUACUAAUAUUAACACUACAAAUAAUGAUGUGAAAAACGACCUCAUUUCAAACAGGCAGUUCUCAAAAUCUACUGCAUCAGGGUUAUUUUCAAGCUUCACAGAUAAAUAUCAAAAAAUGAAGAACGUAAAUCAUUUUCCGAAGAAAGAAGAGCCUCAAACUAUUAUUACCGGCUUUGAUACAAGUACCAUCAUUUCGAAAAAGCCCUUGUCAUCAAGGCGGUCAAGAUCUCCUUUCCAGCAUGCUAGAGAUAUGAGUAUGAGCUCCAUGGAUAAUGAAGCUUCCAAAAGCGCCAGUCCAACUCCUGAACAUGUGGGGAGCAGGAAGUCCUCCCUUCCUCAAAAGGAAUCCCUGUUUGGAAGACCAAGGUCCUACAAAACUGAUCAAAAUGGUCAAUUAUCACUUUCCAAGACGUCUUCCAAAAAGGGGAGAAACAAAAUCUUCUUCAGCAGUGAGGAUGAAGACUCUGACUGGGACAGUGUAUCAAAUGAUUCGGAAUUUUACGCUGACGAGGACGAUGAGGAGUAUGAUGAUUAUAAUGAAGAGGAAGCAGAUCAAUACUACAGAAGGCAAUGGGAUAAGCUUUUAUUUGCAAAAAAUCAACAGAACCUUGAUUCAACAAAAUCAUCCGUCUCUUCAGCGAACACUAUCAAUUCGAGUACAUCCCACGAUCCUGUACGAAAAAGUUUACUCAGUGGACUAUUCCUCAGUGAGGCAAAUAGCAGUAACAGCAACCACAACACCACACACAAUGAAUUCACUUCUAAACACAUUUCACCGGCUCCUCAAUCUUCUAGUAGUGGUCCUGUCAAUCAAUGUCAACAGAAUCCACCAAGCGCUAAUGGUAUGAAACAACAAAAACCAUCUCUGAAAACAAGCAAUGUGACAGCAUUAGCAUCGUUAUCUCCGCCACAAGGAACUAACAGUGGACGAUUACCAGUGGAUAUACAAAAGGAUUCCAAUUUUAGUAGUGAAUCCGAUCACCUGUAUGAAUCUAACGCUCCCCCAACAGCGCAGACCAUCUUGCCUACCGCCUUAUCUACACACAUGUUCUUACCAAAUGAUAUUCACCAACAACGAAUGGCGAUUGCCACUGGCGUGAACAUGAGGCAUCGUUUUCUAAGGCGGGAGUCUAUGGAUAUUCCAUCCAAGAACAGAAACACUGGGUUUUUGAAGACUAGAAUGGAGAUUUCUGAGGAGGAGAAGAUGGUACGUACAAUAUCACGCCUUGACAAUACGAGUGCUGCGAACGGUAAUGCAAAUGGUGUCGACGAUGCCGCGAACCAGAGAACAGAAACGCUAGGCCCUGUCACCAAAAAUUCCAAGCGAAUAUGA